AUGGGUAUUUACCAGAGGUGGCUUUUCCUGGAUAAAACCAAGGAUUUUACCAUCCUAGGAAAAAAACUGCUGGUGUAUUUUUACAAAUUUAAUUAUGUAAAGUAUUGCUUUGGGACAGCUUUGCCAAUUACCUUAUUGCUUGCAUUUCAGGUGAAUGCAAAUGCCUCCCUAACAGUGUCUUUGGCACAGACUCCAUACUGCAAGAAGAAAGGCUAUGAUCCCCAGAAUCCUCUAUGUGCCCACAUUAUCUUCUCUGGGACUGUUGAUAAGGUGAACGAUACAGAAGCGGUCUUUGCAAAACUAGCAUUAUUCAGUCGACAUCCUGAGAUGGAAAGCUGGCCUCGAGAUCAUAACUGGUUCUUUGCCAAAUUCAACAUAACCAAUAUCUGGGUCCUGGACUACUUUGGUGGACUGAAAACAGUGACCCCACAGGAAUAUUACAAUGUCACACUUUAG